UAAGGAGCAUACAUCCCCAGAUCAGGUGUGUUCAUUACGUCGCCUUCCCCUUCUCCCAAUCCUCGUAACAAUGGAAGCAAAUCUCUUCACUUUGCCCUCCUUCAGACCGCCACCUCCAUACACAUCCUCCACUACCCUUUCCCUCAAGUACCAUUUCAACAAUCUUUUCCUCACCACCAAAACCCAACGUCCCAAAUUCCCAUCCAAGACUCAAAAUUUACCCAAAAUCCAAGCUGCCAUAACCAGGACCAAGAAAGAGGAAACAGUAGAAAAGGUCAAGCAAGAACUUGAAAACUGCCAUCUCUUGGCAGGCAUUAGUUACAAGGGCUUCACUGUUAAACAAUUCCAAGAACUUAGAACCCAACUCCCUGAAAAUACUAAGCUUUUGGUUGCUAAGAAUACUCUUGUUUACAAGGCCAUUGAGGGGACCAAAUGGGAGGCGUUGAAACCGUGUAUGCAGGGCAUGAAUGCGUGGUUUUUUGUGCACAGUGAGGAAAUCCCAGCUGCGUUGAAGCCUUACAGGACUUUCCAGAAGGAGCAAAAGCUGGAUGAUAAUGAGUUUACAGGAGCUGUUUUUGAAGGGAAAUUUUACGGGCCGGACGAGUUUAAGGCAUUGGAAAAUUUACCCACAAGGGCUGAGAUUUAUGCCAAGCUUUUGGGGGGUUUGAAGGGCCCUGCUUCUGCUGUUGUUGGCACUAUUCAGGCCCCUGCUAGAGACUUGGUCAUGUUGCUGAAGGCCUACUGCAAGAAGCUUGAGGAGGAGAGUGGUGCUGGACAAUAACUGUUUGCUUGAUUGGUGGGCAUCAAUGAUAAUAAUCUUUAGUAGUUAGCAAAUGGAUUAUGUGGCCUCGAUCAAUUGACUUGGAGCCAGCCCUCUGGCUUAAUGGUUUUUUUACUCAUGCUACGAUGACCAUGUUAUGAAAGAUGGAAGCUUUGUUCAGAAUGAUGGGCAGAAAGCUUCUACAGUGGGGCUUUUAAGUCAGUCAUCAAAUAUCGGGGCUAAAUCCUGGACCAGCAGUGGAAACUACUGAGCCCGUGGAAAGAAGACGCGUUUAGUAGCUAACAUGUCUUGAGUUCUUAUGGCACUGGUGUUAUUUUGACAUUGUUGAUUGUUUAUAUUAUAAGAUGA